GAGCCUAAAAUUUCAUCAUCACAUAAAAUGAUCAUAGAACAUGAGAGCCUCUAGUUUUGAAUGUCCAUCGUGUAUUACCUAGCUACUUUCAUCUCUUCUUGUACUCUUGUUCCUUGUUUGCAGAAAGGAACAUGGAAGCUGUGUGUGCUUUUUCUGUUGGCACACUUCACAUCCCAACAGCACCAGAAAGACUAACCUCAUUUAAGAAAUCGAUAUUCUUCAGCAACCAUGUGAAUUCACAUAUUUCUUUGGUUUCUGGGGGAAUUUCAAAAUCCAAGCUUUUCACUGCCUUGUCGCCCCCUCCAUUGACAGAAUCCAGCAACCAGCCUGAGGCUGAGCCAGAAUUUGAAGGGCAAGCAGAAAAGUUUGAUUGGUACUCUCAGUGGUACCCUUUGAUGCCAAUUUGUGACCUGGACAAGAGGAAACCUCAUGGGAAGAGGGUGUUGGGCAUUGAUGUGGUUGUGUGGUGGGAUAGAAAUGAGGGUGCUUGGCAGGUUCAAGAUGAUGCUUGUCCUCACAGAUUAGCACCCUUGUCUGAGGGAAGGAUUGAUCAAUGGGGCAGACUGCAGUGUGUGUACCACGGCUGGUGUUUCAAUGGCAAAGGAGAAUGCAAGUUCAUUCCUCAGGCACCACCUGAUGGCCCUCCGAUUCAUACGUCCAAAAAAGCAUGUGUAGCUUCUUACCCAAGUUCGGUGCAGAAUGAUAUCUUGUGGUUUUGGCCCAAUACUGAUCCUCAAUAUAAAGAUAUUCUUACAAGAAAAAAGCCCCCAUACAUACCAGAAAUAGAUGAUCCAUCUUUUACUAAAUUAAUGGGAAACAGAGACAUUCCUUACGGGUAUGAAGUACUGACAGAAAAUCUUAUGGACCCUGCACAUGUUCCAUAUGCACACUAUGGACUAAUGCGUACUGCAGAACCAAAAGUGAAAGCUGAUAGAGAAGGGGGCAGGCCACUUGAAUUGCUUGUUGAAAAUUUAGAUAUCAAUGGUUUUAUAGCAGAUCAGGGUUGGAGCAAAAGCAAAUUUAUUUCACCAUGCAUUUUUUAUGCAUAUACUCCAGAUAAACCUUCCUCAUCUGGUGAAACUCAGAAACCAUCAGCUCAGAAGAAAAUGGCUUUAAUCUUUAUCUGUGUUCCGGUUAGUCCUGGUAAAAGUAGAUUGAUAUGGUGCUUCCCAAGAAACUUUGGAAAGUGGAUGGACAAAAUUGUACCACGAUGGAUAUUUCAUAUAGGACAAAACCUGAUUCUAGAUUCAGAUUUAUAUCUCCUCCAUGUUGAGGAACAUAAAAUAAUGGAUAUUGGUCCAAACAAUUGGCAAAAAGCCUGUUUUGUUCCAACAAAGUCAGAUGCCCUUGUUAUUGGUUACAGAAAGUGGUUAAAGAAGUACGCAGGUGGUCAGGUUGAAUGGAGAGGAAAAUAUACUGGAGCUCUUCCUUCAACACCUCCUAGAGAACAGCUUUUGGACAGGUACUGGUCCCAUGUUGUGAACUGCAAGAGCUGCAAUUCUGCAUACAAAAGCCUGAAUGUGAUUGAAGUAAUGCUGCAAAUUAUAUCUGUUGCUUCAAUUGGGAUUGUGGCAACCAUGAAGCAAGGUACAAUGUCAGUGGUAACAAGAAACUCAUUGGUUGUAUUAGCAGUACUAUCAUUUGCAUUGUCUCGCUGGUUGGCUCACUUCAUAUACAAAAUCUUCCGCUAUCAUGAUUACGACCACGCAUUCCGCUGAUAUAUGUUUUCCGUAGUUCUUCAAGCAUAUUUGUAUUUGUAUACCCAUACCAUACCAUACCAUAGCAAAGCUCCACAAGAAUGAAGCCAAAUAUUCUCAACUGCUAAAAAAGGAACAGAUCUGUGUUAAAAGUGUAAUGUUGUGUUGGGUUGCUUCCAAAUAGAAAGAAGAUGAAGUGAAACUAAGAAUGUAAUGAAGAGAUGUUCAAGUUUCAAACUUAAGCAGAUAUUCCUUUAUCUA